AUGACUGAAAAUCAACAUGCAAGUGAUAAUCGACAUCAUUUAGCUAUAUGGUGUCGUGCUGAAAUAUUUACAUUUGGUGCAUUAACAACACCACCACCACCUGAGAUUACACCUGCUAGUUUAAAAUCUAUUGUCAAAUAUAUGAAAAAAAGUAAUACUGCAGGUUAUCCAAAAAUGAAUUAUAUGCUUUGGCGACAUAUUGCUUGUUCUAAAUUACAUAUGUCUGAAGAAUUAGCAUGGAUGUAUUUUGAAACAUAUGGUGUAUUAACAAAUACUUUAGCUCAACGUCGAAUACAAACUGAUAUUCAAAUGGCUAAAGCAAAUAGUACAGCUGAGAUCGAACGACUUAAAGAUUCACGAAAAGUUGAUAGUCUUGCUUUUAUUCUUCUUCUAUUUCUUCAAUCAUUUCAUCAAAUUGAUCUUAAAUCAACACUUUCACGUGAUGAAUGGCCGAAUCGUAAACGAAAUUCUGAUUUAGAUGCUCGAAAAAAUCGCAUUUAUGAUGAACAAAGUCAUCAAUUAUUUAUUCAAGCACAUUUAGAUGAUCUAUUAAAUAUUGUUUCAGAAACAUCAGAAUCAAAUAAUAAUGAAAAUGUUCAAUCUGCUACAUUAAGUAUGGAUGCUGUUAUAGCUCUUAGUUAUAUAUUCGAAGGAACACUUCAUGAUAGCCUUCGAAAAAUUGUUCCAUUACAUGUUAUUAUUCAAAAUUCAUCAAUUCAACAUGAAAUUGGCAUAAAUAAAUCGAUUGUUCCAUUUAAAAAUUUAUCAAAUUUAAUACGUCGUUCACUUAUUGCAAAUCCAUUUCAAGUUGGACAAACAAUGAAACGUGGAACACUUUUACCAUUACCAUUUAAUAAUCCAACACAUGAACAAAGAUCGGGUCGAGUUUUGUGUAAUUCAAAUUUUGCAGAUGAAUCACAUCGAUUUGUAUUAAUGACAAUGAUAAAUAGAUCAUUAAGUGAUCAGCAAUCGACUGAUAUUAUUAAUGCAGAAUUUCGUAUUCAUCGUUGUAGUUAUUCAUAUAUUUAUAUACUUGCACCAUUACGAUGCGUUGAAGUUCGUAAAUGUCAUAAUGUAACAAUUGUUCUUGGUACUGUUGAAACAACAUUAAAAGUAACAGAUUGUGAAAAUGUAUCAGUAUCAGCUGUAUGUCGUCGAUUACUCAUUAGUCAAUGUCGUUCAUCAUCAUUUUAUAUUCAUACACCAACACGACCAUUAAUACAAUUAAAUUGUGCUAGUUUACUUUUUGCACCAUAUAAUGCAUCACAUGUUGAAUUACCUGAACAAAUGGAACGUGCGGGACUUUGUAAAGAACUUAAUCUAUGGAAUAAACCAUUAGUUACACAUCCAGCUGGUUAUGUUGAUGAACAACCAUGGUCACUUCUUCCACCAGAUGAUUUCUAUCCAAUUAGUUCAAUUCGAUUAGAAGAUCAACAAACGGAUGGUUUAAUUCCUCUUCCAUCUGAAUAUCAAUCAGCUAUAGAUAAAAGACAAAAAUCGAUCUCAUCAUUAGCUAAUGAAAUAACAGCUGCACAAUUAAAUCCUGAACAACGUCAACGUUUUCAACGUUUUGUUGUAUCAAAUUUUGAAGCAUGGCUUGAUGCAACAGGAAAUGCAAAAAUUCUUAAUCAUCUUUCCAGUUUACAACAACAAUAA